AUGCUGGGAAUGCGCACCUUGCGGCGACAUGACCUAUCCCUCCCUCGCUCUCGCCUGUUGCUCGUAGCGGGUCUCAGUUUGAUUUCCUCAUCUGCCGCGAACAACGCCGAUGGCACUACCUUUCUCUAUCCCACCGGCGGCGAAUCUUUCUACAACUUCGACACCGUGAAGGUCACAUACGAAUCCACUUUUCUCGCCCCUGUUCUCUACACCUUUUGCAACAUCAACGGCGUCGCCACGCAGAUGCAAGUGCAAGACGCCGAGCCCGACAACGCUUCCACGCUCGUCCACCUGAACGUCACCACCAACGUCCCGUGCUGGUUCGACUUGAGAGUAGGUCAGGUCGCAGGUGAGGGUACCACGACCGAGAAGUGGACUGCCCUGGCGAGAGCACGACAAGAAACCACCUGGAGCGGCACCGCCGAGCCCACGUCGACGCCGACCUCGAAUCCCACGACAUCCGACAAGCAGAAUUACCCACCUCCAGAACCCCCCGGCUUGAACUCGGGCGCCAAGGUCGGUGUUGCUAUCGCCGUCGCGCUUGGCAUAAUUGCAAUCUUCACGAUGGGGCUGUGGUAUUGGUGGCGUAGGCGACAAAAGCGAAAGGUCGCCAAGAACAUGGUCAAUUUCGUCGAUGGAGACAUCGUCAACCUGGUCGAUGGGGGACGAUUCGAGAAACGAACGAAGCCACCCGACGCAUACUACGAUCCCUAUCUUGCCGGCUCCAGCCAGUCAACCAUUUCUCACUCGACCCACACACCGACCUCGGCUUAUCAUGCAGAACCCUAUUAUGAGAGUCAACAACAACAACAUCAACAUGUGCAACAACAAUAUUAUGCUGAGGCAUCAGCGACAAAUCACCCGAUAUCCGCGCCGAUAUUACCCUCAGAAACCAUCCCUCCUGCGCCAGCCGUUACGAACGAAUCCGCUGCAUGGUCGAACGCUGCACGGCAUCCUUGGUCGCCUCCCGAUUAUGACGCUCACUCACCCGCGUCUGAGUGGAGUGUGCAGGGCGAAACCGAUUUCUAUGCUGUGCCGCGUCGAAGUCACUCGAUGGGCACAGAGUACAAACAGCCGGUCAUGGCUUUACCCGCCAUCCUGCCCGAGAUGAAGCCACAGGCCGAACUGCCGGACAGGGAGGGAUACCAUGGACGCGGAGAUGAGCAGGAACUACCCGCCCCUCACCAAGCACCACCGUCGAGAAACGCACCUCCCAACGGCCUCGAAAUAGAGGAACAAAAGUUCCUAUUGGCAGACAUGCUGGAAUUGAGGGAGGCAAAAACAAGGGCGGCUGAGCGCCGGCCUGCAGGAUGA